UGCUUUGCUCACUUGGCUAACCUUUACCGGGGUGAUCGGUUUGUGAUAGGGCUGGCCGUCAACAGAUAGACACCAAGUGAGGGCUUAUCGGCUCCGUCGGUGUGGUGUUGUGUGUGUUUCUGGUCUGGUUUUGCGACCACAGCCCGUCAGUGUCUUCCGAGUGACCGGCCGGUGCAGAGACAUGCAGGUGGACAUUGGGCAGUUCUUUGCCGAGCAUGACAUCGUGCCGAUGCUGGUCGACCGCGCACCGGACGCGUUCGCGAAGGUAGUGUACCGCGGGAAGAAGCUGGUGGACGCGGGCAAGGAACUGUCGCCGGCGGAGGUGCGCGAGGAACCGAAGGUGGAGUGGUACGCGGACCCGACCGCACUCUACACGCUCAUCAUGACCGAUCCGGACUCGCCGAGCCGCAUGGAGCCGUGGAACCGUGAGUUUGCCCACUGGCUCGUUGGGAACGUCCCCGGGCGCCACGUCCAGAACGGUGACACGCUGUUCGAGUACAUUCCGGUGUUUCCCCGGUCGGGCGUUGGCUUCCAUCGGUACAUCUUUCUGGUGUUUCGGCAGCAAUCGUGGAACGACUACUCGCAGGCACCGCGGGCAUCGAGCAAAAAUCGGACGCCACGGAUACGGUUCUGUACGCGAGAUUUCGCCCGACACUACAGCUUGGGCAGCCCGGUGGCGGGCAAUUUCUUCAUCGCCCAGUACGAUGACUACGUGCCGGUCAUACUGUCCCGAUACCCCGCGUCGGAUGAUUACUAACUACGCUUGUUGUGUGAGCGCUUGUGUACCUUGUACCCUUGUAAGGGUGUUCUCGCGCGCGUGUGUGUAGGAUCGAAAUCAAUUACGAAGAUCAAACAACAACAACAUGGCACUACAGCCGGACCCAUACAGUCAACAGUAGCAAUUGCAUUUUUUAUGCUUGUGUGUUGCCGGUGCUUCCAUGUGCGUGCAAUUGCGAGUGUGUGAGUGUGUGCGUAGACUUGCCGUCCAACAUUCCCGCGGGGUUACGAUCAUUGAUCAUAAAACUCAUUAAAACAAGCUCGUCCAUUGUGCAGGGCAGCGUACCAGCUGGGGGACCCCGUUGCAUGGGGUUUGCAACGAUUCGAUUACAGAUUUCUGACAUCCUGAUUGUGAUCAGCCGCUUGAAUAAAAUGAGGCCACCCAAGGCACAGGCACACACACGCAUACGCAUACACAUCCCUGGCAAUGACCUUCCAGUGUUGACUGUACGGACAUGCAAUCGCGCUCUGACAGCGUCGACGGUUCAUCGUGUUUACACUAGCCGCGAUCUGGCAGGGCGAGCGUUGCAAUAUUAAAAUCGUUAAACCUUUUAAGCCCUUUCUCCUUCCGUCGCUCGAAGCUCGAAUAAAUAUUGACCCGCGUACGCCCUGUGCGUUCGGGUUGCGAUUGUUGUGAAUGGUGCGCGACAAAACCGAA